GGGCUGUGCCAGUGCAGUGCAAACUUUACGACUCGCGGCCGCGUAUACAUGCGCGUCGAUUCAAAGUCGCGCGCGCUACCGACUAUUCCUCUAAACACUUUCGUUUAAACCUAUUUUGUACCCUCCAAAAUAUACGAUAAAUAUUGUGAAAAUUAUAAAUAAACAGUAUAAAAAUAGUGCCAGUUUAUUCAGGAACUUUACGACAAGAUUUGCCUAUUGUGGAUUUUCAGCGUUUCCUGAUAAGAUUUUGUAAUAUACAACUGUGGAACUUAUAGGAAUACCCAUCUUCCAUGCCUCAGGAACAUCGGCAAUCAAGCAUACAUGAGGGAGGCUGGGUGACAAGGAAGUUUCCCACCUAGUACCAGAGAUCUCGUGUGGUAACACACGGCAAAUAAUUAGUUGUUCACAAAUAUAGUCGUAAGCCAUAAAAAUGCAGUUCAUACGUUCCUUUUUCAAGCGAAUAACAGAUGAUCUCAAACAGAAGAAAUUAAUACCACUGAAGAUAUUGUUUUUCGUACAUGCAUCGACUCUGUUCGUGCUGUACCCGUACCUGACGAUCCACAUGCGUGAACUUGGCAUCAAUGUGGAGGAGACGGCCAUCAUGUCUGCAGUCACGCCCGUCGUGUCCAUCGUCAUGCCUCCGCUAGCCGGCAUGCUGGCUGACAAGAUCGGAAACUUCAGACUUUUGCUAGCGCUGUCAUCGGCACUAGGAGGUGCGUCAGCGCUGCUGCUGCUGGCAGUCCCCGUGGGCCGCAUCACCGUCACCUUCCCUCCCGCUGUGGAGCUCCUCGCCACCUGCGAAGACUCCGCCAUGCGCAUCGGACUUAUGAAGGAGUACCCCUGUCUACCACUCCAUCCUUACUCUUAUGACAUCAACUUGACGGUCCUCUCAUGCGGUUUUGUUUGUGAUUUGCCAGAAGACUUGUCAAUAGAAGAAACAAACGCGCUAAUACACACUAAUUCCUACGACAUACACUUGCAGUCGACUAUUGACUCGCAGCGGCUCGUGUAUCGUCACACCGUGAUGGCACAGCUAGCACAAACAAUGAUACCGAAGAAAGAUCAGAGCACAUCUCGCAUACUCACAAACGACCCUUUCUUUAACACGACGAUAUCUAAAGUUUCCGAUCACACAAUCUUUUUCCCAGCACCAAAGUUGUAUCAAAUAGAGUGCAGUCAAGAUGCAAGCAAUGAAACUUGCUUGUUCGGGAAAGAUGACAUUUUCAAUGAAACUGAAGAUCAUCUCGAUGAAGCAGUAUUGCGUAUGAGGAUAUCUCACGAUGUACAAACUGCACCACUUGACAUUAGGAACUAUUGGGUGAAGGCAGUUUCUUCAGAGUACAAUUUUACUAAAGAUGAAGAUUAUGAUGGCAUCGAUAGUGUUACAUGCAGCGACAACUUUGGUCAGGACGGAGGAGUCAGAGUGCAGGCAGGGUCGCGAAAAUUGUCCGGAUGUCGCGCCGCGUGCGCUGCGUCCACGCCGCGCAAGAAUCUCUGCGACAACACGCAGCAGCAAAUAGAACUGGACCCAACAUUCACCUUCUGGGCCUACCUCGCUGUGCGAGUGUUCAUUGGUAUUAUCGGCGGGACAGCAUUCGCCAUGUUUGAGGGCGCCGUGAUCGCCAUCGUGAGGGAACAGAAGGCAGACUAUGGGCUGCAGCGAGUGUACGGCAGCAUUGGAGGAAUGAUCUCCUCACCCCUGUCUGGGCUGCUCAUAGACUACGCCAGCAGAGGGAAAGGGUACACAGACUUCAGGCCAGCGUUCUACCUGUACGCGGUGCUGAAAGUGGCUUCUGGUGCUCUCAUGCUGAGCAUAGACCUGGAGUUCAAGCAGCCGGCGCAGAACCUUCUCGAAGAUGUCAUAUCCGUGUUCAGGAACGUGGAAAUUGUCGCACUUUUCAUUGCGUGCUUCAUAAUGGGUACCGCAUGGGGCUACAUAGAGAGCUUCUUAUUCUGGCUACUCCAAGACCUGGGUGCGUCACGCUCCCUCAUGGGCAUCACUAUAACAGUGGGCGGUAUCGCUGGUCUGCCACUCCUCGUGCUGUCGGGACCCAUCAUCAGGAGACUGGGCCAUGCCAACGUUCUUUUCAUCGGGUUUAUAUUCUACGCGAUUAGAUUACUCGGUUACUCCCUGAUCUACAACCCCUGGCUGUGCCUGGUGUUCGAGGCUUUGGAGUCUGUGACGUCAUCGCUGUCAUUCACAGCCGCCGUCACGUAUGCUGCACGUUUGUCUUCCACUACCACUGACACCUCUGUGCAAGGAUUACUGGGAGGCAUUUACUAUGGAGUUGGCAAAGGAGCUGGAAGUCUUAUCGGUGGUUACCUCAUGAAGUUCUUCGGUACAAGACCGACGUACCAGAUAUUUGCUGGUGCUACAUUCAUCACCGGCUGCAUUUAUUAUCUAUUCAAUACAUUUUACUUGCGGAAGAGGGCAGUGGUCUACGACGACGACUUUUGUAAGAAGAAACAAACGCCUGCUGACAUUGAAGGCAAUGAACCUAAUAAGGAUAGUGACAAAGCUGUACUGUCAAUAGAUGUCGCUAGUAAAAUAGAAGCUAAACAAGAGAACUCCGUUGUGGACAAAGUUAAGGAACCUGAUUCAAGUCGGACGAAGUUAGUGAGCGACAGUGCAGAUGGCGGUAGCGACUCCGGAGUUGAUAACCCCACGUACAACGAGACAGAGGCACCCGAAGCUAGGAAAGAAGAAAGUAAAGCACCCGCUGUGUGAUAAGCAUCUACAAAUUAGUUAUGUAAAACGUACUGUAGGAAUAAUUUAAUAUUGUUACGACAAAUGUAAGCAAUAAUAAGUAUAAUAAUAAUUUUAAGCCGAAUUUAGUAGACCUACAGAUUUUAUGACCAUAACAUAUUCUGAAUGAAUAUUUUCUUCAACUUGUGAUCGAUCACAACUUACAUUAACCAUUACACCUACUGACUUAAUGAUUUCAGAAAUGAAUGUGUACUUUGAAAGGUCUCCCAAUGUAUUUUUAUCAUCUGCCUCAUUUUUUUUGGAAUGGCUGGACUGAACUGACUUUAUCUCUGAAUCUGUAAUUUCGAAGCCAAGGAUAUUGUUAAAAAUAAGUUAAAAUAAAUAAGUAUUAAGUUAUGACAGUACCUACAUUUUUAUUUGUAACCAUGUCAAGUUUUGCGCAAUUUAUUGUGUUCCUAUUGUUAAGUACCAGAGCAGUGAGCUAUACAAAUUGAUGAAUAAACUAUGAUAGAUUAAUAAUAUUUAUUAAUUAAAGUUUGUUAUGGUAA